ACGGUCGACUCCGCCUCGGAAGACGAAAUGACGCUCGACGAGCUCAAUGCGCUGCCGACACCAGAGUCCAACGGCGACAGCAAAGCGCAGGGGCGCAAGGCGCGUGGAAGUGCUGCGCAAUCCAAAUCCAGCGCUGCUGCGACCAAAGCGCCUGCUAAGGGGAGGCCUGUGGCGCGUCGCACGAGCGGGACCAGUGCGGUAGUUAUGAAGAAGAAGGCGGCUGGCGCGAAGAAGGCGUCGGCAAAGGGCGGUCGCAAGGCGCAGGCAGAGAGUGGUGAUGCGAACGGCAGCGAAACGGAAGAGGUGGACGGGUUCGACGACGACGAGCCGGCGCCACCAGCCAAGUCAACGAAGAGGGGCAGGCCAGCGAAGAAGGCGCAAGAAGAGGAAACGCAAGAGGAAGAGGCUGCGCCGCCGCCAGCAAAGAGAGGACGCAAACCCGCGGCAAAGGAGGCAGUAGAGAAGAAGGAGACCAAGGCCAAGCCGACUGCAAAGUCACGAGGCACAAAACGCGCGCUGGAACCUGAACCCGAGCCCGAGCAGAUGACGAUCCCCGAGACACAGCCCGAGCCAGACGCAGAUGCCAUGGACAUUUCAGAGUCGAUAGAAAUGGAGGAGAUACCAGAGAGCAUGCCGCCGCCAGUGCGGCCUUCUGCACGUCGAGCACACGCACAGCCAAACAGCAGGGCGCGACGGACGUCUGCAGGAGUGCGAAGGACAGGAAGCGUCUCAGACUCUGAGCGGGACCCGGUCAUGCGCCGAAAAGUGGGAGAUCUCACCAAGAAGCUGGACGCUAUGACGGCCAAGUACGAGGCGCUCCAAGAGGCAGCUUCAUCAGGGAAAGAAACCAACUUUGACCUACUCAAGAAGCGGACCGACCAGACCGUAAAGGACCAAGACGCAGUCAUCAAGUCCCUCCGACAGCAGGUCUCGGAUCUCCAAUCCCGCACAGGAGACCUCUCAUCGCUCAAGAAAGACGUCGCAGCCGCUGCCAAAGAAUCCGCGCGCCUCGCCGCCGAAAACAAGCGCCUCCACGACGCCCUCACAACCGCGCAAAACGAAAACAAGACGCUCUCAUCCAAGCUCGCCGCCGCGCGCGCCUCCUCCGCACAGCCAGAAACAAAAACCGUGCCCGGCAGCGCAGUCAAACCCCGAACCACGGGCGUCGUGCUCCCGGGCACUGCCGAAGCCGUAAAGGAAGCCACGCUUGCGCGCCAAAAAGUCGAUCUCUACAGCGAUCUCACCAAUCUGGUUGUGCUGAGCGUCAAGAAGUCGGAUGACGGCGACGACGUGUAUGAUUGUUUGCAGACGGGGCGGGGGCGCACCCUCCACUUCCACCUCACCGUCACCGCAGACUCGGCGUCUCCCGAAGACACGGAAUUCAUCUACCAGCCGCUGCUCGACGAGCAGCGCGACCGCGAGCUCCUCGAUAUCCUGCCGGAUUACCUCACCGAGGAGAUUUGCUUCCCCAGUGCACAGGCCGUCAAGUUUUACUGCAAGGUCCUGGAUAGUAUGAAUAAGAAGGUUGUGCUUGAGGAUGACGACGAGUAAAAAACAUGAUUAUGAAGUGGUGUAUUUUGGAGCACACGUGCUUUUGGUGUAUGGCGUCUUCUACUUGUUCGUGUUUGGUCGACAAUUGUGUGCGUCUCUAUGGGGCGUCUGGCGUUACGGCGCAUGGCAAUUUGCAUGGAACCAAGUCAUGUGUGUUUCACGCGGUCCAAAUAUUCCCAUGUAUAUUCUGCUUGUUGUAGUAUCGAAUACCC